GCCGCGGGCCGGGAAGGGGCGGGCGAGGAUUCCCGGAACCAGCCGCGCUCGCACCGCCGCCGCCGGCCCGUUCUCCCCGCGGCUGAGGGAGCCGGGAACUGCCCGCCAUGUCCUCGAUGGCCGCCGCCAGCUGCGACGGCAAGGGCGCGGGGGAGGCGCGGGAGGGGAAGAAGCCGCUGAAGGCCUGCUGCGCCUGCCCCGAGACCAAGAAGGCGAGGGACGCCUGCAUUAUUGAGAAGGGAGAAGAAAAUUGUGGGCACCUAAUUGAAGCUCACAAAGAGUGUAUGAGAGCUCUGGGCUUCAAGAUAUGAGUGAGAUGAGCAGGACUGAGUGAGAUGAUGUCUUUGGUGUGACUGUGUUCUGGAAAGCUGCAAAAUUAAUUAUUUCUGCAAGUUACUUCAAAGAACAAAUAUGAACAAUCUAUUUAUGAAGAGUCUUUAAUGAUAGAGUAUGCAUCACAUCUGUAGCUUUUCCACUGCUUGCUCUUGACCACUGCUAUAGAAAAUAUAUUUUUUCCUCUUAAUAAAAGCCUGAAAAUGACCA